UCGAAUCUCAUAACUUCAGAAAUGGCGACGUUAAGUGGAUCUAGUGACAGUGAAUCAGAAUUUAGCAGGCCAUGUUUCAAAAGCUGGAGCAAAGAGGACCUUCCCCAACAACAAACGGAAAACUAUGCAAAUGACUGUGAUGACGAUCAGAAUUUGGAGUCGGACGAUGAAAUAAACAGUUUGGGAUUCAAAGGUUUCAAAAGAAAAUACGAUAGUGAAGACGAAAACGAAUCUUCUAAGAAACGAAAAAGACAAGAACAAAAUAUGGCCUCGGCUCCUAGUGGAUAUAACCCCAUUGUUAAAAAUAUGAUGAAAAAUAUGGGUUUUAAAGAAGGCUCUGGAUUAGGAAAAUACGGACAAGGUAGGACCCAAAUUGUCGAGGCAUCCAAACAGAGAGGAAGAAGAGGCUUCGGUUUACAUCUGGACGGACUGGAACCAGCCGACAUUCAGUGGGACUUUUCGAAAGAAAAAGUGAACAUCCAAGAAGACGUGUAUUGGAUGCCGCAAUGUUUUAGAGAUCCGCCAAAAAUACACGAAUUGCGACAGUGGAUGAAAGAAGGUCCGAAAAAGUUAAUAAUUGAUGAUGAAGACGAGUUCUGUGAUCCAAGCAUAUUAAGGAAUGUAUUGGCUUGCAAGAGUGUGUUUGAUAAAUUAGAACCUGAAGAAAUGAGGAGGGCAAGAACUCGAUCGAAUCCAUUUGAAACCAUACGUGGUGUGAUUUUUCAAAACAGGGCAGCAGUGAAGAUGGCAAACAUUGAUGCAAUGUUUGAUUUUAUGUUUACGGAUCCUAAAGAUAAUGAUGGAAAUUCGAUAUUAGAACCUCACGAAUUGCUUUAUUUUGCGGAUAUUUGUGCUGGACCCGGAGGUUUUUCUGAAUAUGUAUUAUGGAGGAAAAAGUGGGAAGCAAAAGGUUUCGGUUUUACGUUAAGAGGACAAAACGAUUUCAAACUAGAAGAGUUUUUUGCCGGACCACCCGAAAGUUUUGAACCUCAUUAUGGUGUGAAUGGCUUAGAAGGAGAUGGUGAUAUUUACAUUUCUGAAAAUUUAAGAGAAUUUCGAAGAUUUGUUUUGGAAAAUACGGACGGAAAAGGUGUCCAUUUUGUCAUGGCCGACGGAGGGUUUUCAGUUGAAGGACGAGAAAAUUUACAAGAAAUUUUAUCUAAAAGAUUGUAUCUUUGUCAGUUUUUGUGCGCGCUCUCAAUUCUUCGGACAGGUGGACACUUCAUUUGUAAAUUAUUUGACGUUUUUACGCCAUUCAGCGUCGGCCUGAUAUACCUUGUCUAUCAUGCAUUUCAACACAUCUGUAUUCAUAAACCAAAUACUAGCAGGCCCGCAAAUUCGGAAAGAUAUAUAAUUUGUAAAAGUCGUCUAGAAAAUACCAAAGACAUCCAUGACUAUUUAUAUGAAGUAAACUGUAGAUUGGGACAGCUGUCUUCUUCUCUAUGUAAUCAAGACAUAGUAGAAAUUGUGCCAUUGAGAUUAUUAAAAGAAGAUUCUGCUUUUUACGAUUAUAUAGUGGAAUCAAAUAACAGAUUAGGAGAGCAACAGAUUAUUCAUUUAGCAAAAAUAAAAGCUUUCGCACAAAAUACUGAUUUAUAUGAAGAAAAACAAAGUGAUUUAAGAGAAGAAUGUUUAAAGCUGUGGAAGCUUCCGGAUAGAGUAAGAUCUGCACCGAAUCGAUCUGACCCCAAAUCGAAAUUCUACGAACUGACAAAAGGCGAAGACACGGCUUACAUGACGGGAAAGUUGCAGGAGUUUGAAACGAGCCAUUUCAAAUUAAUUAAGAGCAUUCGUGAUUAUUGUUGCAUUGUAUCUGGAGUGGAAAAAUCAAAUAGAAUGGACCGAGCAUUUUUUCUAUCACUUGGAAGGAGUCAUAUAUUUCGCUGGGACGGAACUCCCAACAUCAAGUGGAACAAAGUGGACCUGAUCCUGGAGCUGCCUGCGGAAACUUUGGUCUAUGCAGAAAUUGUUCAAGAACUCAAGGGAGAGGGAAGAGCGCAGAGAAAAAUCAAUUCUAUGCACUUGAUUGAUGCCCUGUACCUGGGAGGCAUGGACGUGAGAAAUCUGCCUUUUACCGAAAGAAUGGCCAUGGCCAAGAAAUUAGUCAAGGCUGUAUCCAAGCCCAGUCGGCCAGAUUUCAUUCCCCUCAGGACCAAAGUCGUGUACAGACUGGAAGAUAUCGAUCAAAUAUUCAGCAGAUUAGAGAUGAAAGUGGUGAAAGGAAGUAGCGGAAUGCCCCGUCUGUGUUACAAAAUGGAAGACGAGAGACAUUUUCUGCCCACGGGGAUGUUUCUCAUCAAGACCAUCGAAGAUCCUUGGAUGACAGCCUUCAGCAGGACCAAUAACAGGAGGUACUUCUUUAAUUUGGCCAAUGGCAAGAGCACUUUCGACGCUCCCGAGGGAGUCUUUUCCAAUUUCAAGUCGUGCUUCUGCAAGCGGUCAUUCUGGGCCUGGGAACAGGGGGUGAAGCUGCUGGACUACCACCGGGCCGCCGAGGGAAAAGUCCACCGCCGGACAUUCGAAGACUUCGUCCGUGGGCAAAACGACCGGCCGAAGUGACGGGGGGACCACCCCACCAUUCGACCCCCCGG